AACGUGCUGGCCAAGGCCCUCUACGACAACGUGGCCGAAUCCCCGGACGAGCUCUCCUUCCGCAAGGGGGACAUCAUGACGGUGCUGGAACGCAACACACAAGGCCUGGACGGCUGGUGGCUCUGCUCCUUGCAUGGCCGGCAGGGCAUCGUGCCAGGCAACCGCCUCAAGAUCCUGGUGGGGAUGUACGACAAGAAGCAGCUCCCGGGGCCCCACCAGGGGCCCCUCCAGCCUUUGCUGCCCCAGCCCGCAGGACAAACCCCACUGGCCUUUCCCCAGCAAGGGGGCUACACCCCUCUCUCCCCUGCCUCUCAGUACACCCCCAUGCACCCUUCCUACCUCCCCCAAGAGGACAACGUCUACUUAGUGCCAGCGCCCAACAAGACCCCAGGGCCCCCGGGGCCCUUCCAGUCUCCUGCCGGCAAGCAGAUUUCCGCCUACGCCAAGCAAAGUCCUUCUCAAGGCCAGGAUGUUUAUCAGGUGCCAGCCGGGCCGGCCUGCCCCUCCCAGGACAUUUACCAAGUCCCUCCAGCCCCCUCCGGCCUGGGGCAGGACAUUUACCAGGUCCCUCCUUCCCUGGAUGGCCACGGCUGGGACCCCCCCAAAGCCCAAGGCAAGGUGGUGAUCCCCACACGGGUGGGGCAAGUCUACGUUUACGAGACCUGUCCGAAAGGAGAGCAGCAGGACGAGUAUGACAUUCCUCGGCAGCUCCAGGAGAUUUACGACGUGCCCCCCACAAGGGGCUUGAUGGUGAACCGGAGUGGCCAGGAAGUCUACGACAGCCCUGCGAUGAUGGGCAAGACUGCCAACAGUGGAGCUCAUGAGAUCUACGAUGUGCCCCCCAGCGUGGAGAAGAACCUGCCAGUGGUAUAUGACAUCCCUCCGUCAGUCAGCAAGGAUGUUCCAGAUGGCCCCCUGAGGGAGGAGACCUACGACGUGCCCCCCGCCUUCUGCAAGGUGAAGCCCUUCGACCCGUCGCGUCAUCCGCUCAUCCUGGCUCCACCUUUGGCGCCCCUGGCGGAGCCUCCCUUGCCUGAAGACGUCUACGACGUGCCUCCCCCCGCCACCAAAGGGGUGUCAGAAGCUCAGGAGAUCUACGACGUCCCACCAGGGCUGAGAAAACUGGCCAGCCAGGAGUUGUACGACGUGCCGCGAGAGCUGACCCUCGGUGGAAAGGACGGAGAAGCUGACUACAUCUACGACGUCCCCCCACAGGCUGAUCGGGCUGACGGCAAGCGGCUUUCGGCCUCCAGCACGGGCAGUACCCGCAGCAACCUUUCCAAUUCUUCUCUGGACAUGGUGCCCGUUCGGGAAGCUCCGGACAAGGAGUUACCCCUCGACCAGGAUGUUGCAAUGGAGACGCUGGCCCGGCUCCAGAGCAACGUCAACACAUCUGUCUCGUCUCUCAUGUCUUUCAUCAGUGGCAGCUGGCGCAGCCCCGAGAGGAUGGAGACCCACGCGGGACACAUCCGGGGGGCAGCGGAGAGCAUCAAGGGCGCCCUCAGGGAACUGCUGGAAUUUGCUCGUGGGGUGGUGGGCAGCGCCGCCCAGGCCUCCGACCGCUCCCUUUAUUCCAAGCUCAGCAAGCAGGUGCAGAAGAUGGAGGAGGUCUACCAGGCGCUACUACGGCACAGCCAGGCCUUGGAGGGUUGCGGCUGGGCCCCUAGCGCCCUGGUUGCUGCCAAGCCGGGGGCGCCGGAUGACCUCGAGCACCUGGUCAUGUACUCGCGGGGGGUGCCUGACGACACCAAGCAGCUGGCCUCCUUCCUGCAUGGCAAUGCCUCGUUGCUCUUCAGACGGACCAGGGGGUCCCCGGCUUCCUCGGGGGAGGGUGGCCAUCCCCACGGCACACCCUCUGAGAAGGCCAGCAACAUCCAGUCGCGGCCCCUGCCUUCUCCGCCCAAGUUCCUGGCCCAGGACUCGCCCGACGGGCAGUACGAGAACAACGAGGGCGGCUGGAUGGAAGACUAUGACUACGUGCACCUCCAGCUGAAGCAAUUUGAGCGACUGGAACAGGAGGUGACUCGCCCCAUCGACAAUGACCUGUCCAACUGGACACCCCCACAACACUACCCUCACGUGCGGGGCGGCGGCACAGCCCUAGGGCCCUCCGACCGGCAGCUGCUGCUCUUCUACCUGGAACAGUGUGAGGCCAACCUCACGACGUUGACCAACGCCGUGGACGCCUUCUUCACUGCCGUGAACACUAACCAGCCCCCCAAGAUCUUUGUGGCACACAGCAAGUUCGUCAUCCUGAGCGCCCACAAGCUGGUCUUCAUCGGCGACACUCUGUCUCGCCAGGCGAAGGCCCAAGAGGUCCGCCAGAAGGUCACCCAUUACAGCAACCUGCUCUGCGACCUGCUCAAGGAGAUCGUGGCCAGCACUAAGACAGCUGCCCUCCAGUACCCGUCCCCAGUUGCUGCCAAAGACAUGGUGGAACGGGUGCACGAGUUGGCCAACAGCACUCAGCAGUUCCGGAUGGUCUUGGGGCAACUGACAGCCCUGUGAAGAAGCGGAGAGGUUCUUGGAUGAGUGAAUGGAUUGUAAAUAUUUUGUCCGGUUCCCCUGCCCCGCCUGUGGGGGACACUGACUUCUCCUUCCUUGGUAGACACAGACCAUGUCAGUCCUGGAUACCUGACCCCCAAUGUCUGGCUGCAGCCGAGAAGACGCUCCCAUCCUUUGCAACAAUUGUAGAGGGCAAAUAAUUAUAUUUUCCUGUUUGAUUCCAGAACUGUUUGGCUAAUGAUCACUAUUUAAAUCAAAUAAAGAAACUUACAAUCCAGUCUA